AUGCUAUUGCGAUGGCCUCGCAUUUACAACCCACGCGCCGCUUCAUCAAUCCGUUCUACUUCCAUGGUGUUCCCACCAUAUCCAAAGCUGCAAAUGCUGCCAAAAACCGCUCGCUUUUUCCAGUCUCUAGGCCUCAGUACCACACUCAUCGAUCGAUUGUCUCAAUCAGGAUUAAGGACCCCAACGUCUGUCCAAUGCAAGGCCAUUCCGUCUAUUCUAAUGGGCCAUGACGCGGUAAUAGCUGCUGAAACAGGUGGCGGCAAGACACUGGCAUUCUUGUUGCCAAUGAUCGAGCACUUUCGUCGCAAGGCGCGACCAGCAAGUGCCAUGCGCUUUCCAGCGGCUUUAGUGCUCACCACGUCACAGGAACUUGUGCGACAAGUAGCUGCUGUACUGCAUCAAAUGGAUCCGGAACUUGCGCGACAUGCGAUAAGCUUGUCAUCUUCACGGCAGACAUUAGGACAACAGGGCGGACGUGCGUGUCCGCUUGUGGUCGCGACGCCUGGUGCACUGCUCCGUGCCAGUAAACCACGAGACUUUGCGUUUACGCAACUGGUGAUUGUGGAUGAGGCCGACAUGCUGCUCAGUGGUGGAUUCGAGAAGGAGACGAAGCAGAUUCUUGCAACGAUUCGCAAUCAGCCGCUAUUGAAAUCGGAGCUGAAUCGUUGGGAGGAUGCAGAUCCACGGGAUCGACAAGUCCAAGACCAGGAUGUUGCAACGGGAUCCACGCAGACUGUUUUCAGUGCAAUAUCCUCUUCACAAUAUUUUUUUGAAUGGGUCUUACUGCUAACGCGUACUCUGGUCGGUUUAUCACGCGUUUUUCCUUAA